AUGGAGUGCUUCUCUGGAUCGGUGCGUGUGCUGGAGUGUCCUCGAGAGGUGUGCGUCCCAUCCGCUGAGGAUGGGCCGUACAUACCCCUGCACACGCAUGCUUACACCCAGAGUAGCAUACGGGCACACACAGGCAUACCAUCACAUACGGACGCACAAGUACAAACCCCGCCUGACAGGCUGUGCGAGCCAUUGGAUAUAGCCGAGGGUCAACAGAAGCACAAGCGAACAUGUGUUGGUGUUGCGAGAGAGACUGUCGGUAGGAUGUUUGAGCUGUUGCUGUUUCACACACACGUCUCCGAUCACACACGCACAGACCCGCACUCGAAAACCGCAUACGAACACACACAGACACGCACACACACCCACGAACACACAGACACACACGCGUAUGAGCCCACAGGCACACACACUCAUAAGCGCACAAGCAACCACGACCGUGAGGAGAAGGGCGAAGCAGGCGGCAACGCAGAUAGCGCUGUCAGAGAGAACGUUGGAGGUGUACACGCGUACGUUAUGACUACGUCGGGAACUACGGGUGCGCCAACGACAGUGGCAGUGCCGCACAGAGCGAUAGUGACUAACUUGGACGAGGUAGGUGACUGUGUACAAGAUGGGCUGCAAGCACGCGGCACGCGGAGUUUUGUAGUCUUGCAG